AGGAAGCAGCAAGGAGGCGCCGAGGGGAAGGACUGUCCAGCUCCCGGAUGCUAGGCCUCGUGGGCUUGAUCACGGGCGCUGCUGCGGCCGUCCUGCUGCUGCUGCUGCUGCUGGCCGCCUGCCUGUGCCGCGGCCGGCAGGACCGCGAUGUGGAGAGGAACCGCCCGGCUGCGAGGACAGACCGGGUCCGGUGGGCCCAGCCUUGCUUCUUCCCGCGCCGGGGCCACCUGGGCCGCCUGGGCCACCUGGGCCGCCCUCACUGUUUCCAUCAUCCUGGCCACGUGGCUCGCACGCACCAUGCGGGCCUCCGGCACCACCACGCCCCCCGAGGCCGCCGCUGACACCUGUGAGUGGCACCCACUGCCUGCCCUUCCGUCGCGGGCACUCGUGGACGCCCGUGCUCCCGUGCAGAGGGGCGCCUCUGGGUGGUAAACGCGGGGUACUGUGCCCGGUCCCGCUGGGCUGCUUCCGCACACUACGCCCCGGAGAACCGAGGGGCACCGGGGGUGGCCCUGCGCACACCGAAGGGUGACGCGGUGAGAGCAGGCGAGGCCCUUCGGGGAUGGAGCCGCCUGUGACUUCACUCCCAGCGGACGCCGGCGCACGUGGACGCCCAGACGACGCGCCGCGCUCCUGGAAGUGCUGUCUUCUGACGUACUGUACUACUGUCCGCAGGCCCCUGGCCCGGGGGCUCCUGGGGGGGCCGGCAACGCCCUCGUAUCUGGAGAAGGCAGUACGAGGCUGCAAGGUCCAUUCAC